ACCUUUUCAUAUGCAUACUGUUCAUAUAUGUAUGCAUAUAAUUCGUACAAGGCAUAUGCCUUGGAAUGUGAUGUGUAAGCCUUUUUGGAGUGUCGCCUAAAAAUCAAAGCAUCGAUGUGAGCAUCAAUAAAUCUUCUUAAAACUUUGGUACAAUACAAAUACAACACAUUAGGGGGUAGCCCUUAUGAUAAGCUCUAAAUCGAAAGUAAUCUAUACAUCUAUAUAUAUAUAUAUACACCCACACACAAAUAAAACCAUUAUAUGAGAAUGUGAUUACUCUUAGUUUAUGACUAUACUAUGUAGUUCACAUUAAAAAAAAAAAACCAAAGGUGUUGUUGGUAGGACAUAGGUUUUGAAUUAGAUCCAACAUGAUUUCAUCUUACCCUUCAAAUAGUGGUCCUUAAUGGUGAUGAAGGGUUACAAAUCUGCUAUAGGGGACCCAAAUGGAAUUCACUUCUGUAAUAAGGUUGCAACACCUUUAAUGGAUUUUAUGAUCCAUAAUAAACUGUUAUGGCACUGUAACGGACAUAAUGAUUAGUGGUUGGUACUUUUUUUUGUUCGAUGAGAGAAUAAGAAGGAAAAGGAGAAUAAAUGAAAAAAGUGAAUAAUUUAACAUGUUCUGCUGACAAUUGUUGUUUAUGAAGCACAGACACACCAAAAUAGGUAUUGUAGUGGUGUCGGACACGGGGACAUGGUGGGGAUACAUAGUGGACAUGCUAGCUAGCGUGUCCUUUAAUUAAUUUGUUUUUAGGGGAUAUGUCAGGGAUACACCAACUAUUCUUUUUCCUUUCUUCUUUAGUUUUUUUGAUAGAUGUUGGAUGUUUAUUACUUUUUUUCUUAGAUUAUAUAAUUAAUAGAUCAUAUAAUUAAUAGAUCAUUUAUGAAAAGAACAUAUGCGAUAAGAGUUGAGUUAAGAGUGGGUUUUUUAUUUUUAUUUCUAUUUUUACAUUGAAUUAGUGUUAGUUUUUAAGUUUCAUUGUUUGUAGAAGUAAAUUACUCUACAUAGCAAAUAAAAAUAUAUAAAAAUGUAUUUUUUUAUUUAUCGUGUUUCCACUGUGUUCCUGCCCCCAUUUUUUUAAAAAUCACUAUGUCUUGUGUCCGUGUUUCUUAGGUGGUCAUAUUUUAAGUCUUAAUCAACCUUUUGCAAUUUGCACCAUCCUUUUCAUUUCCAUUUGCUUGGGUUCUCGUUUUGCCUUCUUUUCAAUUACAUUAUUUUCAUGGAUGACAAAAUCAACUCUCUCUCAUGUUUGUCUUUUCAUAUGAUAAGUGUUGUGCUAUUGAGAAUAGUCAAUGAAAUCUUGCCAUGCCAUAGGGACCAAUUAGGCUCAAUUUUUUGAGUGGUGUGAAAUUGAAUUACCCAUUGAUUACAUUCCCUUUUUCGACCCUUCUACAUCUUUUUACCAUCUAAUUAUCCAUAUAAAAAUAAAUAACAAAUAAUAAAAGAAUCAUUUUUUUUUAAAAGAGUAGAUAAUACCAUAAAAAACUUGACAAUAUAUAUACAUAAAUAGUAGUUUAAAUUCUUCAACAUUUACAAAUUAGCUAAAACCAAUUUGAUGGAAUUAAACAUUCAAUUAAGUUUAUAUACAAUAGAUCUCAUUUCUUAACAGACUUUUCAUAUAAAUAAUGUGACAUAGUCUCGAGUAAGGGUGUUGGGUAUGUGUAUUUGUUUGUAUUGUAUUCAUCUAAUUCGCAUGUCGAUGUCAGGUAUUGUACUUUUGACAUGGCAGAAGUAGCACUAAUUGAAGAUAAGUUGAGAGAGAAUAAGCUAAGAUGGUUUUAUCAUAUACAAUGAAGACCUUUAGAUGCAACGCUAGAAAUGUUAAGAGAGAGGGAAAGACUUAAAUUGACAUGGGAGAAGGUAGAAAAAGAUAUUAAUUUAUUUAAUUUAACUAAGCAUAUAGCCCUUGACAAAAUAGAAUGGCGAAAAAAAAUUCAUGUAGCUGACCCCUCUUGAGUGGGACACAAAGCUUAGUUUGGUUUUGGUAAACAUAGUUUUAAAAACCAAUGGAAAGUACCUUAUGCAUAAAAUGAGAAUCUAUGAAUAAUUAUAUAGUUAACAUGAUUAUUUAGGCAUAAUUAAUAUAAUAAACUAGAUAUGUUGGACACAUAUUGGGUGUUCGAUAUGGAUACUAAUGUAACAUGAAAGUAAGAUUAAUUUAGCCCCAAAAAAGGCACAAAAUUAAGCACACUGCAAUGAAGGAUAUGUGGCCGCGACCCUUGACAAACCCACAAGGUUAUCACGUCUUGACCUUUCCCUCAAAUGACCUAAUUCAAUCCUUUUUAUAUACUUCAAAACCUUAAAAUGAAAAAUUACAAAAUAGCCCUUUCACAAAUUUACAAAAUAACCCUCCUCAUACAAAAAUUACAUUCUAAUUCAGUCCUAUUUAUAGACUUCAAAACCCAAGAUGAAAAAUUACAAAAUAACCCUCACAAAAAUUACAUAGCAUAUUAGGGCGCCAAUCUUUUCCUAUGGUACAAUAUUGCAUCAAACCCUUGUUGAAGAAAACUCGUUUGAGGGAGAGGUCAAGACGUGAGAACCUCAUGGUUUGUUAAGGGUUGCGGCCAUGUAUCCUUUCCUUUUUGUCCCUUCUCUAUUCUUCUAAGCCCCCUACUAGACUCUAGGGGUUUCCCCUUUCUUUCUCUAUCUAUUUUUCUUGUGGAUUCAAGGCCUCUAGUGGAUUCUAGGGUUUCUUCCCUUUCUUAUUGCUCUUUGUUCCUCAAAUUUUCCGUAUAUUGUAUCCAUAUAUAUGUGUUCCAGUUAAAUCAAAGACGGCAGUGUGUUUUAUUGGGCUAAAUCAUCAAUGAGUGUUUCAACUUUCUUGCUAGAUGUACAGACAAGUGACUCAGCACAAGCUCUGGGAUCUCGGGAACGCUCAACGGCUGGUACCAGUGCUGUUCAGAUGCAUAUACCAGAUCAUAUGAUCCAGGUUCCGAGGAGGUUGAAAGCUCAAAAUUCAGAUAUUGUGUGGUCAGGUGUUGCUUGGAUCUGUAGUAAACAGCUCAAGCACUACCCAGCUUUUUCUAGGAAUGAAAUUAUCAUUACUGUUCAUUCCUUUGUACUUGUCAUGGCUGAAGAAGAAAGUCACUAUGUUGGUUACUUGGAAGAUUUGUAUGAAGACAAGAAGGGUCAGAAAAAGGUUAAAGUGCGAUGGUUUCACCAUAAUCGGGAAGUCAAGGACCUAAUACCUCAGCUGAAUCCUCACCCCCGAGAAGUUUUCAUCACACCUCAUGUUCAGGCUAUCAGUGCAGAGUGUAUUGAUGGUCCUGCGAUAGUUUUGACUCCUAAGCAUUUUGAGAAAUGCUUGGCUAUUGCUUCCCAUGCUUUGUCAGCUGGAAUUCAUAUGUGCUUUAGGCAAUUUAAAAACAAUAAGGUCAAACCCUUCUCUCUAAGUAAAUUGCGGGGCUAUUCGAAUCAAGCAAUCCUCUCCUCUUUAGGUUGCCCUGUUGGCCCCAAGCAUAGAACCAAGGGCCAUAAAUCAAAUGGGGAAGAAGAUGAAGAUUUUACCCAUGAAGGACGUGGUGCCAAGAGAAAUAGAAGUAGCAGAGGGAAUCAGAGACUUGAGGCUGGUAAUAUUGGUGCUACAAAUUCAAUCCCUGGCAAAGAGAUAAUAAAAUCUCAACCGACAUAUAAGAAGUUGAGGAUCAAGCUAUCAAAUAGGGAACUAAGUAGCUUUAAGCUUGUUGGGCCGUCUCAGCCCCCGAUUCGUGCUUCUUUUAAGGUUGAUGAAAAGAUAGAGCUGCUCUGUCAAGAUAGUGGUAUCCGAGGUUGCUGGUUUAGGUGUAAGGUCUUGCAGGCAUCACAAAAGCGUCUGAAAGUUCAAUAUGUUGAUGUGGAGGAUGCUGAAGGGUCUGGCAAUCUUGAGGAAUGGGUUCCUGCUUCCAUAGUGGCAGCUCCUGAUAAACUGGGCUUGAGAUGCUUGGGCCGCCUUACUGUCCGUCCAUGGCCCUCUGAGGAUUCUUCAAACGGUUCAGUUGAGGUUGGAGCAUCAGUUGAUGCAUGGUGGAGUGAUGGCUGGUGGGAAGGUGUUGUAACUGGAGUUGAUGAAUCUGGAAAUGAUAGUCUCCAAGUUUAUUUCCCUGGUGAAGAUCGGUGUUUGACUCUUCAAAGAAAGAAUAUUAGGACUUCAAGAGAUUGGAUUGCUAACAGAUGGGUAGAUAUAAAGGCAAAGCCUGAUAUAUUGUCUUACAUAUCUUCCAUUAACAGCCCAACCAUGAAGUUCCCAAAAUGCACCUCGAAACUUGAACCCAUUAAAGAAGUUAAACAAAAACUAUCAAGUUCAGCAACAUCCAACGACCAGGAAAUUAUGGAGGGGGUCGAGAUGAAGCGACUUUGUAUCAACGAUGAAGGUAAAGUUGAUAAAGGUGGUGAUUGUGGUGGUGAUGGUGUUGGUAAAGAAGCCAAGUUGGUUUUGGAUGUUGAACCUGCUAACCAGAAAUGUGAAAUAGAAGAAAUGGAAGUGGUACCUUAGAAGCUGUAUCAUAUGAAUCAAUGGUUUGGCGCAGUGGAGAAUUUUUGCUUGCUAACUAGAUCUGUGUGGUGCGGCCAUUGAUUUUGUGUAAAUAGUAUAGAGAGGUUUCGGGAUAGGAAUAUGCAGAAGAAGUUUUUCUAGUUUUCUCAACUCCGGUGGAGUUGGCGGGCGUAUAGCAGCAAUUGUCUGUAUGACUUGCUAUCUAUCAAGUUAGGUAGUAGUGUCUCAGUCAUCAAAACUCUUAGAAGUCAGGUUCUAUUACUCUUCUUGUGUUGUGUCUAUAUUAAAGUCUUAUAAUAGUCCUGUGCAUUGCAUAGUUUUAUGGUUUAAACUAUACCCUUGUGUCAAUUGUAAAUCUUGUGAAAUUUCUCUGUUGUCUGGUGGAAAAAAAUUGGGGGUUGUUGCCAUC